AUUUUUCUCAAUAGUCGGCCACCAAAUGCUCUGAACGAGAAUCCUUGGAAUUACGGCAAUAUUUCGGGAAUUUGGAAACAUUUCUGGGAAACCACUCGUGCGCGGAGUACACCAAACACAGCCCUAACUGUUUGCUACCUGUGCUGCAAAAGAUUGAAAUUACCGAAAGGCAACCCCUACCCGACCCACUGGCUAUUGACUGUCUAAUGAACAUUAACCCGGAUGUCCGUUACACGUGCAGUUUGGUGGCUCAAAUAAACUGGAAUAUUACCAAGAUACAUAAUGCUACAACAAUGCAACUUUGUUGCGCUACCUGGCAAGAUAUUGAUUGCCUGGAUGAGAUAUCUGGCGUCAGGUGUAUUAACAGUGAGCUGGCAGCGUCGGAAAGGUAUUUUAAGCUGAUUGAGGACUGGCUGGAGGACAACGCCUGUGAGGACUACCCCUACCAUAGCUACGAGUGCUCGCAAUCCCGGCCCCACCGAAAGCCCAAAAUAACUACAUUUCCCCUAAUUGUGGCACAA